AUGCAGACUGCCCCCACCACGGCGCGCGGCAUCAAGCCCGGCGGCCUCUCCUCCUCGAAAUGGGCUUCCACGACCUCCCCCGCCUGGUCCUCCCGCGGCACCCCGACCUACACCCCCCGCAGCGGCGGCGGCAGCAGCAGCAUCGCCGUCGGUCCCCGCGAGACAUCCGCCAUAACCCCGGCCACGCAAUGGUGGGAGACGCCCAACCCAGCGCCCAAGCUGCGCGACCCGGCCGCCGAGACGUCCGCGGCAGCAGCACCGUCACCAGCGCCGCCGCCCCCGCUGUCGGCCGCCCAGCGCGAGCUCCGCCGCUACGUCCAGAUUGUGCGCCGCAUGAAGUGGAAGCUGCCCUACCUGCAGGACGGCUACCGCCGCGCCCUGACGCGCGAGGACGACGCCGAGCUCAUGUUCAAGCUCGACUUUUACGAGUACUACAUGCUCCUCGAGCGCGCCCUCGUCCACCUCCUCGGCGUCUUUGGCCGCGCCGUCGAGCGCGGGCCCGCCCCCGUUCCUGCCUCUGCGAAUGGCGCCGCCGCGGGCGCCGCCGCCAAUGGCACGCACCGCUACCACCAGAACGUGCUCGCCGCGCUCGAGAGGGCCGACAAUCCGCUGCGCGCCGCGCUGGGGACCGGCGACGUCCGGGUCUUCCUCGGCCGGGCGAAGGAGCUGAGGAAUCGCAGCCCCCAUCACUAA